UCCAUUAAAAUAUCCCAUUUUUAUACACUGAUCAGAUUCAGGUAAUCUUGCCACCCCUAAAUUAGCCAUUUUUCAGGUGUUCCAUUUUGUUUUCAUGAACCCCAUUUGUCCUUUCUUCAUACUGUAUAAGACACUGUAAUACAACUGUCCUUUUGAAAUUCUUGAAUUAUUGCUUCACACCUUCCAUGGUCUCUUCUUCUUUGCAAGUCCACAAGAAUUGCUUUUUUUCAGUUAUUGAACAAGUCUUUGAAGAAACAUGGCCACUCUGUCUGAUAUAGGUGUUGCAGCUGCUAUUAACAUUCUGAGUGCGUGUAUUUUUUUAAUUGCAUUUGCAUUCCUUCGAAUACAACCUGUCAAUGAUAGAGUAUACUUCCCAAAAUGGUACCUAAAGGGUUUAAGAGGCAGUCCUUUGCACUCGGGUACAAUUGUCAACAAGUUUGUCAACUUGGACUUUCGUGCGUACCUGAAGUUUCUGAAUUGGAUGCCUGCUGCACUACAAAUGCCAGAACCGGAGCUUAUUGAACACGCAGGAUUGGACUCAGCUGUCUACUUGAGGAUUUAUUUGAUAGGGCUUAAAAUAUUUGUCCCGAUUGCUUUUAUUGCGUUCUCAGUCAUGGUUCCUGUUAAUUGGACCAACCACACAUUGGAGCGUUUGGAUUUGACUUACAGUGAUUUAGACAAGCUUUCAAUUUCCAACAUUCCUUCGGGAUCACAGAGAUUCUGGACCCAUCUGGUUAUGGCUUACAUCUUUACUUUCUGGACUUGCUAUGUGCUGAAAAGGGAGUACGAGAUAAUUGCAUCAAUGAGGUUGCAUUUCCUUGCAUCUGAACGUCGACGACCAGACCAAUUUACAGUACUUGUCAAAAAUGUGCCACCAGAUCCUGAUGAGUCAGUGAGUGAGCUGGUAGAGCACUUCUUCAUGGUCAACCAUCAAGAUCAUUAUUUAACUCAUCAGGUUGUAUACAAUGCCAACAGGUUGACAGCGCUAGUCAAUGAGAAGAAGAAAAAGCAGAAUUGGCUGGACUAUUAUCAACUAAAGUAUACUAGAAAUCAGUCCAAAAGGCCGACAUCAAAGACUGGUUUUCUUGGCUUAUGCGGCAAGACCGUUGAUGCAAUUGAUUUCAAUAGUUCUGAAAUUGAAAGGCUCUCAAAAGAAAUAUCUGAUGAGAGAAUGAAUAUUAUUGGGAGCACCAAGUACAUUAUGCCAGCAGCAUUUGUUUCCUUCAGAACAAGAUGGGCAGCUGCUGUUUGUGCGCAAACACAACAAGCCAGAAAUCCAACACUCUGGUUAACUGAGUGGGCUCCAGAGCCCCGUGAUGUCUACUGGGAUAAUUUGGCAAUUCCUUAUGUUUCACUGUCAAUCAGGAGGCUUAUUGUUGCUGUAGCAUUUUUCUUCCUUACAUUCUUCUUCAUGAUUCCAAUUGCAUUUGUACAGUCCCUUGCUAAUAUAGAGGGAAUUGAGAAAGCGUUACCUUUCUUGAAAUCCUUAAUUGAAACUAAUGCUGUAAAAUCCUUCAUUCAAGGCUUCCUCCCUGGAAUCGCAUUGAAGAUUUUCCUUAUCUUCCUACCUUCAUUAUUGAUGCAAAUGUCAAAAUUUGAAGGAUUUUGCUCCAUAUCAGCUCUUGAAAGGAGAUCCGCGACAAGAUAUUAUAUUUUUCAGUUUGUUAAUGUAUUUCUUGGAAGCAUCAUUACUGGGGCCGCAUUUAAUCAGCUAAAUAAUUUGUUGCAUCAGUCAGCAAAUGAAAUACCAAAGACAAUUGGUGUAUCCAUUCCGAUGAAGGCAACCUUCUUCAUAACUUACAUAAUGGUGGAUGGGUGGGCAGGAGUUGCUGGAGAGAUACUUAGGUUGAAGCCAUUAAUAUUCUUUCACUUGAAAAACUUUUUCCUGGUGAAGACUGAGAAGGAUAGAGAAGAGGCCAUGGAUCCAGGAAGUCUCGGGUUCAACACUGGUGAACCUCAGAUACAGCUCUAUUUCUUGCUAGGCCUUGUUUAUGCUGUUGUGUCACCGAUCCUACUCCCAUUCAUCAUAGUAUUUUUUGCUCUGGCAUACGUUGUAUAUCGACAUCAGAUUAUAAAUGUGUACAAUCAGGAGUAUGAAAGUGCAGCAGCAUUCUGGCCUGAUGUACAUGGGCGCAUCAUAACUGCGCUGAUAGUCUCUCAAUUGCUUCUAAUGGGAUUGUUAAGUACAAAAGAAGCUUCUAAAUCGACUCCAUUGCUAAUUACACUCCCUAUACUAACCAUAUGGUUCCAUAUCUUCUGCAAAGGUCGUUUUGAGCCAGCUUUUGUCAGAUAUCCGUUGCAGGAAACAGUGAGGAAAGAUACACUAGAACGUACAAAGGAGCCAAACUUCAACUUGAAAGAGUUCCUUCAGAAUGCUUAUAUCCACCCAGUUUUCAAAGGUGAAGUAGAUAGUGAAAUUGAUGCAGCCAGUGAAGACGGAGAUCUAGAACCUUCGCUUGUCCAAACAAAACGCCAAUCGCGUUUCAACACACCAUUGCCAAGCAAAAGGGGUUCAUCGCCUCCAUUGUUAUCUGAUUUUGAUGCAACAACGCAAGUAUAGCUAGAAAAGCUAGCCAACAUUUAGCAUCUCACAGAUAAAGCUAGCCAACUUAACAAAAGCUGCUUGGCGAGAUUAACCCUUCGUUGAAACAUGCAAGUUUUCAUGAGCUGGCAGAAACCUGUUUGGCAUUGCAUGUUUUUUCAAGGUUUAUAGAGUUGUUUAGUUUUGUACAUAACCUUCUUGGUUCUCUACUAUAUUUUAGUUCUUCUGACUCCUGUCCUACAAUCAGCUGUUUAAAAAGGUGGCAUAGAAAGGAAAUGAUCAUUCCUUCUUUAGUUUUGAAGUUCUUUUGUUGGCAUUUUGCA